UCUUUAUUAUUAUUAUUAUCAUUAUCAUUGUUUUUGUUAAAGAUCUUAAAAUUCCAAAGAAUAUUUCAAGUAUUUAAAUUUAAAAUAUUAAUGUUGAAUGUAUUUAUUCAGAAAAUGUUUAGGGUGGUUGUUAAUCAAGGAAUAUUCAUGUUAGCAAGUUUAACAAGGGCAAGUCAAAACAUUAUGACAUGAAUUUACUUUUUAUAUGGUGCCCUAACGGGGGCUUCACAAGGUGCUGUACACAAUAAAAAAUAUUGUAUAUUAAAAACGUGGAUAUCAAAGAGCAACUAAUAAUACAUCAAGAAAAGCUAUAAACGCUAACCUGAAAAAGUUUUUUUAAUAUGUCACUAUUGCUUUUUUAAUAUCAGCUGGAAACAGCAGUUCCAGACUUUAGGAGCAUAAGAUGAGAAGGCUCUGUCACCCAUAUAUCGCCCAAACUUUGUGGAGCGUAACUGACACUUUACAGUGUAUUUUGUCAACAACUACUGAGGGGCUACAAACUAUGCCAAAUGCUCUUAAUUGAGAUUGUAUUUAAUCCAUCAUAUUCUUUUGACCUCCCAAUACGUAGAUAUUGUUGAAAAAUACUGUGGCAUAUUGGCUUAUUCCUUAAUGUAGAAAUGUGCUAUUUAGUUAAUACUGUACACAAAAUAGUAGAGAUAACCCUUUAGAACACUGUUGUUAUUCAUAGCCCUUUUGCAAAGUUGUAUUUACUGUGUAAACUUUUUCAUGCUGAGUUUCCAAAUGUCCUUCAUGGGUCUGUUUCACAAACCGGAACAUCCAGUUUUUCUGUGAUACAUCAACAUUUAGACCAGCAUAAGAGCUCAGAGCAAGUGGUCACUUCAAAACUUUGGACUUGCGUUUCUAGAAAGGAACUACUUUGAACUCUCUCCUGUGAAACACAUGAGAUACAGAAUAUGGCACAUUAUAAUCAAGAAUUAUCUUCAUCAUCAGGCAAUGUCAACCUGGGUGUGUCUGGCAAUCCUCAUGCCAAACCUACUGACUUUGACUUUCUGGCAGUGAUUGGAAAAGGAACAUUUGGGAAGGUACUCUUGGCAAAACUCAAAGCAGAUGGAAAAUUCUAUGCUGUGAAAGUUUUGCAAAAAAAGGUUAUAUUGAAGAAGAAAGAGCAAAAAAACAUUAUGGCAGAGAGGAAUGUGCUACUCAAGAGCCUGAAACAUCCUUUCCUGGUUGGCUUACACUACUCCUUUCAGACCACAGAGAAGCUCUAUUUUGUCCUGGAUUAUGUAAAUGGAGGAGAGCUGUUUUACCACCUGCAACGAGAGCGGUGUUUCUCAGAACCACGGGCACGCUUCUAUGCGGCUGAAGUGGCCAGUGCCAUUGGCUACCUCCACUCUCUCAACAUAGUUUACAGAGAUCUCAAGCCAGAAAACAUCCUCCUAGAUUGGCAGGGCCAUGUAGUGUUAACAGAUUUUGGCCUGUGUAAAGAAGGGAUAGAACCAGAAGAAACCACCACAACCUUUUGUGGAACUCCUGAGUAUCUAGCACCAGAGGUCCUACGAAAGGAGCCAUAUGACCGAACAGUGGACUGGUGGUGCCUUGGAGCAGUGCUCUACGAGAUGCUGUAUAGCUUACCUCCAUUUUACAAUCGAGAUAUAUCUGAGAUGUAUGAUGGAAUCUUGCAUAAAUCCCUUUACCUGCCACCUGGAAAGUCUGAAGCUGUGUGCCAUCUGCUCUACGGACUCUUGCAGAAAGAUCAGCGCAGACGAAUAGGAGCUAUUGCUGAUUUUCUGGAGAUUAAAAAUCAUGUGUUCUUUGCCCCCAUAAACUGGGACGACCUCUAUCACAAGCGAAUCACUCCUCCAUAUAACCCCAAUGUGAGAGGCCCUUCAGACCUUCAGCAUAUUGACCCAGAGUUUACCAGAGAGAUGGUGCCCAACUCUGUGGGUCGCACCCCAGAACCUACGGCAAGCCUCGCCGCCAGCAGCUCCAAUGCUUUCAAUGGCUUCUCCUAUAUUUCUGGAGAAGAUGGCUUUCUCUGAGACAUGUUCGCCGAUCAAGGGUGUUCUCAAACUAGAGUGCCCUUUAGGGCAUCAAGCAGAUAUCAUUGUCAUACAAUCAUGAUGAUAAAGACUCGAAUGGAAAAACAAAGGCAUGCUUUUUAUACUAUGCUGAUGAAGGUUAAAGCCAUAAAGAUUAAAAUGAUAAGUUUAUAAAUGCUUUGUAUAUAUAAUAAAAUAGAACAAAUGAUUUCAUCGGUCUGCGCAUUUUCAUUGUGCAACAUUGACAGACGUUGUAGAAGUUACAUUUGUUGAUUAUACCAUUGAAAAUGAUAAUUGCAAAAUCUGUAAAAAGCUUGUAUACAUCUUUGUUACUGUUAUAAAUAUCCUUAUUUAUAAGUGUUUUUGGAAAACUUAUAAAUGAAUGUAAAUGUUAUUUAAUUGUGUCUUAAGUUUAAUUAUUAACACACAUAUACAUAUACUAAGUUAUUGAGUUGUUUCUGGA